UCACGGCAGACCAGGUGAGUGCGAAGAACAGGAAAAAGAUUCGCGCCAUCGGUCUGCGAUUGGAAGUAUUCAUUCAGAUGGAUGCGUACAUGUGCUGGUGCGUAGCUGCCACUGAGUAGGCUCACCUCUUGCGAGGCACCGUUUGCGCAGCUGCUGAUCAGACAGACGGAGGCUCACAGACGAUGCUGCAAGGAAAAAAUAUCGACAGAGGAUGCAACAAGCUUGUGCUUUCGGAUCUUCGUUUGCCUCACCGUCCUGAUGCUCAGAUGACCAGAUCGGCACAAAACACGGUCUCUCCUCUACGGCACUUUUCUCGCCUAGCUUGGGAGGAGCGGUUUCACGAAAUGUCCUAAGCGGCCUGCCUAGCUUGGCAUCUGCGAGCUUAGCCACUGCGAUUUCGGAUGCGGACGCCAU